AUGGGUGCUGGAUUGAAGGAGGUCGAAAAGUUCAAGACACACUGGAGCACGGAGAAGGGGGUGUCGAACAUUCCCUGGUCGCAAAUUGACGGGUCUCUGAACUUGGAUGAGUUAGCUGCCGGUGGGGUCCUCGUAGAGGAGUCCCUGUCCCAAUCUAUCGCCAGUGAUCUUCUCCAGAAAAGACAACAGAAACAGAAACCGGAGCCACCAAUUGUUAGCGAUAGGCCCGCCCCUCUACCUCCCAUGCCACUGAACUUCCCCCCUCCUCCUCCUCGACCCCCGUUGCCACUUACCGGUAUAAUGCCUCCUUUGCCAGGGAUGAUGGUGGGCCUGCACCCUCUACCCCUACCACCCCCACCUCUGCAUGGUCUGCCCCUUCAGGUCACUCCGCCCCUGCCUCCAUUCGGUGUCCACUUGCCUAGACCGCCCAUCGUGACGUCAUCAUCCAACGAUCGUGUGGGCCAUGUUGCCACCCUACCCCACGAUGGCGCCUCAAAUUAUGGACACAGAACGGGUUUCAAUAAUUGGAAGCAGAACAGCAACGCAGCUUACAAUGAUAGAAGAAUGGACAGAGGAGUGCAGAGAGGAGGGCAGAACGAUGGAUGGAAAUUCCAAAACGACAGAAGAAAUAAUAACUGGAAUUGCAAUAUUAACAGCAGUAAUUAUAAUAAUAAUAAUAAUAAAAGUUGGGGUGAAAAUAAUGGGCAAUCAAGAGGCAGAAAGAAUUGGGGUAGAGAUAAUUCAAACUGGGAAGUAGCAAAUGAUGGUACCUUGGAUGAUGGAGCUAACAAUGACUGGACUGAUGCCUGCUGGACUGAAGAUGUCGGCAAUGACGCGACUACAGCAGCCACUACUGCUGAUGUCGGGGGUGACGAUGGGUGGACGGAAACAUGGGGAGGCGAGGGAGAAGAAGAUGGAGAAGAACAGCAGCAGGGGGAUGAAAAUUAUGAUGAUUCAGCCUACAUUGAGGAGGCAUAUGAGGAAGGUGAUGGUGAAGAAGAAGGUGAUGAUGGCACAGCGCACGUUCAGUACUACGACCAAGGUCCCUACAACAGAAACAACCGCUUCAACAAUAACUACAACAAUUCCUACCCCAACAACAAUAACAACCACAAUCGGGGAGGUGGUUGGAGAGGUCGAAACUUCGACAACCGAAAUCCACGGAAUCGUACUAACUUGCCAUGCAGCAACAACCUAAAUGAUGAGUACAACAACAGCAAUGCCGGAUUCAGAAGGAAUCAUUUUGGUCCCAGGAAUUCUGCCAGUUACAACAAAUACAGGCAGAGUACUUGGGAGACUGACUACGGAUGGUCUGAAUUUUUUGAAGGCGAUCGUUUGGUCGUGGAAAAGGUUAAUAACUUUGAGAGUGUCGUCACUGAAGACGUGAAUAGUGAACGACAGACGACAGAUGCACCACCACCACCACCGCCACCACCAGCUGCAGACAGUAAUAAGUUUGUUCCUAUUCAGAGAAAUGUGAACCAAAAACCUCGAAAAAGUCGCUGGAAUCAGGACGAUGGCAAUGACUGCCAACGAACGACUGCAGAAACUUUAAGUCAAGAUGUUAUCUCAAUUAUCGCUGAGGCCAGGGCGAAUGAUAGUUUAGCUGCCACUAAUGUGGUUGCUGCUGCUGCCACAGCUACUGCUUCUAACGUUGAAGCAGCUAACAGUGAUAGUAACAUCGUGAAAUGUGAUAUACCUAUUGAUCCUACAAAAGAUGUCGCUAUUGACUUGCUAGCUCAGAGAGUAGGAGAGCUGUGUUUCCCGCCGUUGUCAUUGUGCGGUGGUCUGUUUCGAAUGCUGACACGCAAGUGGCAAAGGUUCAAUCACGUGCCAUCGGUUUUCACGCGGUAUGUAGCCUGUUCCAAUGCUAUUUUUGAUGCAACCGGAAACUGCAUAGUGCAUAUAGAUGACCUGCUAGUCCUCCCAAAUGGUAAGACACUUGGUCUCAGAGUUGACAUAACCGAGCUCGAAUACAGGAGAGAUCCUCGCCACAUAUUGCGUAGAAUUACGUGCGUGCACGUACGCAAUGGCGGAUCUAAGAAAUGA